AUGGAAAAUCAAGUUUCAUCCCAAUUAUCGCCUUCCGACAAACACUCAUAUUUUCGUAGAGGGGGGAGAAAAGCUUUAGAAUUGGUGGAUGAAAUAAAGGAGGGCCUAGGGCAAUCCGAAGAACUCGUCCAUACGCCGCAUAUGAUGAUUGAGCUGAUGGUGUUCAUGGCUCCUAUCUGGAUAGCUGUUUUUGUUGGAGUUUUGGUGGGGUGGGCCUGGAAGCCAAAAUGGGCUAAUCUGAAGGUGGAUCUUCUUGAUUGUACAACAAAGAAACAAGAAUCUUCUUCUUCUUCUUCAGGGUCAGGGAUGAUCUUUUCGCUGUUUCCUUCAAUACCAUGCAUAAAUUCUUUGAAACUACAAGUGCCCAGCUCUUUUUACUCGAUUUUUGAUUUUGGAUUUGAGAAAUAUACUUCAUCCCUGCCUAUGCCUUCAAUUUCAAGUCCUGAUUGCAGUUCAUCGAAGUUAGAUAAAGAAAAAUCAAGUUUUGUGACUGAGGAUGACCUUAAAUAUUUACAUCAAUUAGUCGAAGAAAAAGAUGAGGGUCCUGCUUGGAUUCAGAUGAUGGAUAGGUCGACCCCCAAUAUGAGCUAUCAAGCUUGGAGAAGAGAUCCUGAGAGUGGACCUCCACAAUAUCGUAGCAGAACUGUUUAUGAGGAUGCCACCCCUGAAAUGGUGAGGGAUUUCUUUUGGGAUGAUGAAUUCCGAGCGAAGUGGGAUGACAUGCUUGUACAUGCUGAAACUAUAGAAGAAUGCCCCAUCACAGGGACCAUGAUGGUUCAGUGGGUGCGGAAGUUUCCUUUCUUCUGUAGUGACAGAGAAUAUAUCAUAGGUCGCCGAAUUUGGGAAUCUGGACGAAGAUAUUAUUGUCUUACAAAGGGUGUUCCAUGCUCCUCUCUGCCGCGUCGCAACAAACCAAGACGUGUUGAUGUGUAUUUUUCGAGUUGGUGCAUUCGUGCAGUUGAAUCGAAGAGAGAUGGCCAGUUGACGGCAUGUGAAGUUAUACUUUUCCAUCAUGAAGACAUGGGUAUACCUUGGGAAAUUGCAAAAUUUGGCGUCAGGCAAGGUAUGUGGGGGGCUGUGAAGAAGAUUGACCCUGGUUUGCGUGCCUACCUGAAGCACAGAGCAUCUGGAGCUCCACUUUCUCAUUGUGCUUCCAUGGCUCAGAUUAAUACUAAAGCAAGUCCUGACACCCUUGACUCCUUGGGGAGCACAAGUAAUUUAUCAGAGGUUGAAGCUCUUGAUUCAGCGAGUAAGCCAUCAGGAAGAAAUAUUCCAAAGUUCCUAGUUGUUGGUGGCGCCAUUGCCCUUGCUUGUAGUCUUGAUCGAGGGCUCUUGACCAAGGCUGUUAUAUUUGGAGUCGCCAGAAGGUUUGCUAAAAUUGGUGGAAGGUUGUAA